GAAAUGCUGUCCUGGCCGCCCGGGAACCAUGAGUCCCGCAACCCCGGUCCCACCCGACUCCACCCUGGAAAGUCGUUUCGAAGAAAUGGCCCUGGUGAGGGGCGGCUGGCUGUGGAGACAGAGCUCCAUCCUGCGCCGUUGGAAACGCAACUGGUUUGCCCUGUGGCUGGAUGGGACCCUGGGCUACUACCACGAUGAGACGGCCCAGGACGAAGAGGACCGCGUGCUCAUCCACUUCAAUGUCCGUGACAUAAAGGUUGGCCAGGAGUGCCACGACGUGCAGCCCCCAGAGGGCCGGAGCCGAGACGGACUGUUGACUGUGAGCCUGCGCGAGGGCGGCCGCCUGCACCUGUGUGCUGAGACCCAGGAUGACGCCAUAGCAUGGAAGACGGCGCUGAUGGAGGCCAACUCCACCCCGGCCCCGGCUGGAGCCACCGUUCCUCCCAGGAGCCGCCGGGCUUGUCCCAAGGUCCGGUGUGUGACCCGCUCAUGGAGCCCCUGUCAGGUUGAGAGGCGGAUCUGGGUGCGUGUCUACAGCCCGUACCAGGAUUACUACGAGGUGGUGCCUCCCAACGCACACGAGGCCACUUAUGUCCGCAGCUACUAUGGCCCGCCCUAUGCAGGCCCCGGCGUGACACACGUGAUAGUGCGGGAGGACCCCUGCUACAGCUCGGGCGCGCCACUGGCCAUGGGCAUGCUGGCUGGCGCUGCGACGGGGGCUGCGCUUGGCUCGCUCAUGUGGUCCCCGUGCUGGUUCUGAGCGUGUAGCCUGCCAGCUCUGGCCUCCUCGGGGACCCCCCUGCUCUGCAUACCACCCACCACAGCCCCUUCCUCACCUAGCUCCUCCUAGGCUUGGACCAUCCCUGCUGCCUCACUAGUAGCUCUGGAAGCUCCUCCUAUCUACUGCCGGACACAAGGAAGUCCCUCCCAGACACAGGUGCAGGCCCCACACUGGGCCACAACCACAACUGAGUUCCCUGAGGCCCCUGGCGGCUUCUGCCCUCACUCCCUGAGGAGCUUCAGGCCUGAUGGGUGGAAGAUAAGGGGUACACACUUUAGAAAGCUACGGAACUCUCAGUUCUUUGCCUAGGUCUUGGGGCCAGGCAGGUAGGCUGGGAACCGUACUGUGUGUCCAAGGAGUCGCAAGGAAGUACGUCGGGCUGGAGGGAGGCAGGGUCAGCCCAAGAUGGUUAACAGGGGAGAAGUUAGUUUGUGGUGGAGGAAAGCUAAUGGACGGCACCUUUUGUGGAUUUACUGCCUGCUUUGUUAACAAUGACACAUAUCCAGGUCCCAAUACCCCUAUCUUCCUGCGACCAGCUUCCAGGGUGUCCUGUUCCCCAAGAUAACAACUGAGCUGCUCCUGGUUGGGGGCCAAGCCCUGCUUGGGACCUCCUGCCCUGGAAGCUGCCUCUGUCAGGAAAUGCCUUUGUGGUUCCUGGAUCCAAGAGCUCAGCUGUGAACCUGGAGUGGUGGCUGUGGCCACCUAGGCUCCUCUUCCUCUCCUCUGGGGUCUGCUCCAGCCUGGGAAGCUUGUGUGCCUGCCUACAGAUGGCUGCCCUUGGUCCUGUUCCAACCCUGCCCCCAUCACCAAUAGAAAGGCUAACAUUCCUGCCCAGUAGCCAGAGUGGCCCCUGAAUGUCCCCCCAGACAGCGGGGGACCCCCACUGGCUCUGCUGCAGACAUUAAUAAAAGUGUGGCUGGCUCU